GGUCUGAAGGCGGGCAGAGAGACGCACGCCGGGCCGGGCGACGCUCUAGGCUGCCUCUCGAUGGCGCGGAGGGUUGCUAGGCGGUGCGGGGCCUAGGCCGCGGCGGGUCGGCGCCGUCAUGGCCGCCUCGGCCUCCGGCGCGGCGGGGCCAGCGGACGGGCCGUGCGUGCUGUGCUGCGGGGAGCUGGAGGUGGUGGCGCUGGGCCGCUGCGACCACCCCAUCUGCUACCGCUGCUCCGUGCGGAUGCGGGCGCUGUGCGGCGUGCGGUACUGCGCCGUGUGCCGGGAGGAGCUGGGCCAGGUUGUCUUUGGACGGAAGCUCACGUCUUUCUCAGCAAUAGCACUUCACCAGCUGCAGCAUGAGAAGAAAUACGACAUUUAUUUUACGGAUGGAGACGUUUAUGCGCUGUACAGGAAGCUGCUACAGCACGAGUGCUCUUUGUGUCCAGAUGCGAAGCCGUUCAGCACCUUUGCAGACCUGGAGCAGCACAUGAGGAAGCAGCAUGAGCUCUUCUGUUGCAAACUCUGUGUUAAACACUUAAAGAUUUUUACUUAUGAACGGAAAUGGUAUUCUCGUAAGGACCUCGCUCGCCAUCGGAUCCACGGAGACCCUGAUGACACCUCUCACCGGGGGCACCCGCUGUGCAAGUUCUGUGACGAGCGCUAUUUGGAUAAUGAUGAGUUACUGAAACACCUAAGACGAGAUCAUUAUUUUUGUCAUUUCUGUGACUCUGAUGGUGCUCAGGAAUACUACAGUGAUUACGAAUACCUUCGGGAACACUUCCGCGAGAAGCACUUCCUUUGUGAAGAGGGCCGAUGCAGCACCGAGCAGUUCACCCACGCGUUCCGCACGGAGAUCGAUUACAAAGCGCACAAAACCGCUUGCCACAGCAAGAGCCGGGCAGAGGCGCGGCAGAACCGGCACAUCGACCUGCAGUUCAACUACGCGCCCAGGCACCAGAGGAGGAACGAGGGUGUGAUAGGUGGAGAGGACUACGAAGAGGUGGACAGGUACAACAGGCAAGGGAGGCCCAACAGACUGGGUGGCCGAGGGAGUCAGCAGAACAGAAGAGGCAGCUGGAGGUACAAGAGGGAGGAAGAAGACAGAGAUGUCGCAGCAGCAGUCAGGGCAUCUGUCGCAGCUAAACGGCAAGAAGAGAAAAAACGGGUAGAAGACAAAGAGGACAGCAGCAGUAGAGGUAAAAAGGAGGACUUGAGGGAUUCUGAAGUACUCUGCUCCAAACGUGUGCCAAAGUCUUCAAACGAUGCCAUAGCAGCUGCUAAUGGUGCUUUAAGCCAAGACGACUUUCCAGCAAUUGGUUUGGCAGCAGGACCCCUAGAAGGCUCUGCCCCGCUGGCGGUGAAGCUUAAAGAAGAAGAUUUCCCCAGCUUGUCAUCCUCUGCGGCACCCACUGUCUCUUCUGGGCUAUCUUUGACAUAUACAGCGACUGCAAAGAGAUCAGCUUUUCAAGAGGAGGAUUUUCCAGCACUGGUGUCCAAAAUGAGGCCUAACAAUAAAACAGUAACUAAUAUCACAUCUGCGUGGAACAAUGGUUCCAGUAAAAGUGUGGUCAAAGCCAUGAGCAACCCCUGUGUAAACCAGAUAGCCAAAAAGCCAUCCUCCUUGAACAGCACUAAAGGAAGUAAGAAAAGCAAUAAAUUCUCUCAGUCAGAUGAUGAAGACAGCGGGAGUGGCUUGACAACCCAGGAGAUCAGAAACACACCAACGAUGUUUGACGUGUCGUCCUUGCUGGCAGCUUCUACCUCACAAACUUUUACGAAGGUGAGCAAGAAAAAGAAGACGGGGGUUGAGAAGCAGAGACCGUCGUCCCCGCACCCGCUGCAGGAGAUGUCAUUCCCCAGGUCAUCGGCCGAAAAGCCGCCAGAAGCAGAGCAGACGUCAAACGCACCUUCUGCUCUUCAUGCCCCCGACAGAUGCUCAACGGUCACGAAUGGUCAUUCGGAAAAACCGUUAGCGAUCUGUAGCACACCCAAAGAGCCCCCUGGCCUUAAAAAGCCCACAGUGACUCCCAAAUGCCCAUUACCUCAGGAAGAUUUCCCAGCUCUUGGGAGCUCAGGAACAGCGCGAAUGCCUCCGCCACCAGGCUUUAACACUGUGGUGCUAUUAAAGAAUCCUCCUCCGCCUCCGGGACUGUCGGUGCCUGUUAGUAAACCCCCUCCAGGUUUUGCUGUUAUUCCAUCCACCAAAAUCUCCGAACCUGUCACUACAUCUUUGAAAGAGCCAAAAUCCUGUCACAGAACAUACUUGAUACCUGAAAACUUCCAGCAAAGGAACAUUCAGCUGAUACAAUCUAUUAAAGAAUUUCUUCAAAGUGACGAGUCCAAGUUCAAUAAGUUUAAAACUCAUUCUGGGCAAUUCAGGCAGGGUCUGAUUUCUGCAGCACAGUAUUACAAAAGUUGCCGAGACCUGCUCGGAGAUAACUUCAAGAAAAUUUUUAACGAGUUGCUGGUGUUGUUACCAGAUACAGUUAAGCAACAAGAACUGCUUUCCGCUCACAACGAUUUCAGAAUCAAAGAAAAACAGAGCUCAAACAAACCCAAAAAGAACAAAAAGAAUGUUUGGCAGACGGACUCCAGCUCUGAUCUCGACUGCUCCAUCUGCCCCACGUGUCAGCAGGUGCUGACCCCGCAGGACGUUGCCACCCACAAGGCGCUGCACCUGGAGGACGAGGAGUUCCCGUCCCUGCAGGCCAUCAGCAGGAUCAUCACUUAGCUUUCCCCACCACCAAUAAAAGUGUCUCUCUUGCUAAAUAUGCACUUUUUGGGAUGAGGUUUGGCAGCGCCGGGGUGGCGCAGUGGGCAGGGAACCCUGGAGAGCCCCCGGUGCGGGUCAGAGAACUGUGCGCGGGGAGCACACGUCCGAAGUCUGAGCUUCCAAACGCCUGAGGAGGAGGGGGCUGCAAUCGCUGCAGCGGGUGGGUGGGCAGGGGCCACGUCUCUAACACACAGUAGCUGAGAAGAUGCUUUCUGAUAUGGGUUCUGACAGGGGAGACAUCAUAGGGGGAUAAGUAUCUGGUUUGGUUUUGUUUUGUUUUUUAGGGGGGUGGGGGAAGAUUAUGAAUCACUGAAAUAAGCAGGAGCAAAAGUGGCUUCCCUUACAAUAUUCUGAUUUUUUUCUUUUGUGCUAUUUCUGUGACCACAAAGGUCACAGUAGUCAGGGGUACAACGGGGCAGAACAGCAGAAGAUGCUGCUCACCGGUAAGACCGUUACAGCCGUGGGGCUGAAAACACUGGGCCGCUCACAUAGCAAGGAAAACUCAUACCUGAAAAUGGAAUUAAUCUACUACUUGAAGAACUGGACUGAUCUGUGUGAUGAGUUGAACGUGAGAUUUGAAGUUGCCUCUGACCUUUUAUGUAACAUGUUCCUUAAAGAAACUUAUUUUGUAGCGCUGCAUGUAGAAUAAUGAUAUUAAGGCUUUACUUUCUGUAAAGCACCCUUCACAGUAAUUUUAUUUAAAGACUGCCAUGUUUUUAAUUUCUUGGAUGUAUUAAUGGUGGUAGCUCCAACCAACAGCAUCUUGGGACACAUUAAAUGCUGCUGAUCACUGA